AUGGGUUCCUUUCUUAUUCGGGGAUGGAUUUUGGCCGCAAUAUUUGUCCAAACCAGUCUCGCCACGACAAUUCUUGCCGAGCCUACUGUGACUCUCACUCCUGCUGCUGUGGGGACACACCAUAAGCAGCAUCAUCAUCACCAUCACCGCUACCACAAUCACCAUCAUUGUUCUCGCUUCCAGCGUGAUCUCUACUCCAACUUCGGCCCCUGUUCCUACUUUACUAAACCAUCUGUUGUUGUAUCUGCAACAGGCUCUCUUUCAACUGGGCCUUCGCAAGUGAGUGGUUCUCCUUCCCAAGGAGCAACCACUGGGAUUGGAUUAUCUUCUUCACAUGCCAGCAUCUCGACAUCUAUCUCUGAUAGUAGCACUACAACUGUCGCUUCUAUGGCCACAUCUACGGUCUUUUCUACCCGCACGGCUACCAUCACCGCGUGCCCUAUUACAGUCCCCAACUGUCCUGCCACUUCAAAGACAAUAUUUGUGGCUACAGAGACAAUUUUGGUAUCCACCACAAUCUGCCCUGUGACUGAAACCACCGGCCCUACCCAGACAGCACCUGCUUCUCUAUCCACUGGAAAUGCUGGUGGCUCAGACCUUACAACUUCCAUCGUCUAUACCACUCGCACUGCCACCAUUACCGCAUGUCCAUUUUCGGUGACCAUUUGUCCCCUGAAAUCAAAGCCCACACACGUAGUCAUUGAAACCCUGGUUGUUUCCACGACGGUUUGCCCCGUAGCCGAUGCUACUAAUACCAACGGCGCUGUGCCUACUAAGCACACUGCACCUCCAUCUGUCACUGAAGUAAUUGGAGAUGGUAACGCUUCUUCGCUGACGACAUCUACUGUCUUCACUACUAUCAUAUCCACCGUUCUUGCCUGCCCUGAAUCUGUGACCGAUUAUCCUCUGAGAUCAAAAACCUUCCAUGCAACCACCGAGCCAUUCGCUGUCGCAACUACUAUCUACCCAGUCGCUGCAAACCCUCGAGCUACUGGCGUUACUCCCGGUUCUCAAUCUGGCCCAGGUAAAGACACAGUCCACACCACGACCAUCAUCGUUGAAUCUUGCUCUGACAAUGAUACCUGUACCGGGUACAUCAAGACUAUCGUGAUGACCCAGACCAACACCGCUGCGCCCACCGCGGCUCCCUCUUUGUAUGCUCUACACCGGGGCUCUGGAACUGGAUCUAGUGGGGCUGUCUCUGCCUCCUCGACUCACUUGUGGUUCCCCAGAAGCCACCCUAGUGGAAUGGCCACGACUGCUGUUUCUAUUCUGACAAGUACAGUGAGUUCGGUGUAUACAGGGGCUGCAUCUGUAGGUACCCAAUUAUUGAUGAUGCAGGUCGUGGGUACUAUGAUGGUGAUGAUGCUGGCGAUCUAUAUCUAG